CGGUACAUAGCUCCGCGGCACAAUCGACAAACAUGGCCACCACUACCGGUAAUGCAUCCAACGACGAGGCUGCAAAGCCAAAGGUCACGCUGUUCUGGUUCGUAUCAAACUUUCCCCUCUUCUAGCCGCUUACUCAAAGUCGCCACCCCUUGACAAACUCAUCAGGCUCGACCAAUCCCGCGCCCAAGGCAUGGUAUGGCUCCUCGAAGAACUCGGUCUGGACUACGAUCUGGAGGUUUACAGACGUGUGGAUGGGCUAGCUCCACCGGAGGCCAAGGAAAUACAUCCACUCGGGAAAUUCCCCGUGGUAAAGGUUAACGACGAUCUAUUUGCUGAGUCUGGAUUUAUUACCGAGUACUUGGUCGACAACUACGGUGAAUGGUUGAAGCCUAAAGACCGUGCUUCCUUGAUGAGAUACAAGUCUGUAGCAUCUCUCCCACCCUCCCCCAUGCUCUUUAGCGGUUGGGGUUUUUUUUUCUAAACACCGUGUGCAGGUAUUUUCUCCAUUAUGCAGAGGGCUCCUUCAUGCCUCCCCUGCUCGUUGGGAUUGUAAUGCAGGGCGUCAAGAAUGCACCCGUCCCAUUCUUCCUGAAGCCAUUUGUCAAUAUGAUAUGCUCCGGUGUUGAGACAAAGUACUUGUUGCCAAAUUAUAAGACACAUUUUGAUUUCCUCGAGUCUGAAAUCUCCCAGCGUCCAUGGAUUGCUGGAGAGGAGUUUACUGGCGCGGAUAUCCUGUUAUCCUCCCCACUUAUCUUGAUGAAAGGAAGAUCGAUAUUCACACAGGGAAAUUAUCCGAAACUUUGGGCGUACACAGAAAAGCUCACAGAGAGGGGAGCAUAUAAGAAGGCAGCGAAAAAGGUAUGAUUUAUGAACAAGUCCCGAGUUUCCUAGGCUUUUCGGUACCGUGGGGGUUAUAUGACUAAUCUACUCUGGACAGACCGAAGCGAUGGAGGGAGACAAACUUUUUUAGGUGAAGAUGAAGAUGGGCGCUGUGUGAUACCAGGAGGGCGACUUGGAUUUACCGGUAUUUCUCUUUAGUAUAUUGGAGCGCAUAUCAAUGUGAUUGUUGGUUUGGUCUUUGACCGCUGUGCCGCUGUUUCGUGAC